GAUAACACAUACUAUCGAAUCAAGAUGACUACCGAAAAGCCAUGGCACACAGAAUUUCCGGAGCCCAAGGCUGAAGCGGCCAUCAUGCCUCGAAACCGUGUGAUGCAGAUGUUGUCAUUACGGGGCGUGGCAAGUCUGCUCAUUAUCGAUCUUAGAAGGAUGGAUUUUGAGGGUGGAUGUCUUCGUGGCAGUCUAAAUAUCCCUGCUCAAGGGUUUUGGUGGAACAGAGGCAUGCUCACCUCGUUGCGCUGCAUGGAGUUCAUCGACGCAGCUGGAGACGAGCAAAUGCAAUCAAUGGUACUUGAAGGAGGUGUCAAGGGCUGGGUAAAGAGUGGCCCACAGUUCACGCGUUUAAUGGAUGGCUACAAAGAGUCAUAUUGGCAAGACCUCUUCGCCCAAGAAGAAGCCAAGAAGGCCGCAGCUCAAGGACAAGACGACAAGAACUCGGUCGGCCAGGGAGACGUGACAAAGUGA